AUGUUCAAACUGAGCGUUCCACAGCCAAAUAUGUUGGACCGAAAUCAUCUCGAUUACAUACUGGCAGCGAUGAAGCGUCCCGAAACGUCUCGAGUGGAGAUGAGGAAGAUAUCCGAGCUCGUUCGAACGCGCAUGAAUCCGCAUCCUGCGGGGCAGAAAGAAGAAAAUGUUCCCCAGCUCGAUGGUAAACCUGUAUCUGGUUUGCAGCACAAGUAUCGCGAGACGGUGCUAUUCUUCCCUUCCGAGGGUCAAUACUGCCACGCAUACUGCACGUACUGUUUCCGUUGGGCCCAAUUCACAUCUGUCGGAUCCGAGCAGGUGUUCAAGUCUUCGAAUCGAGAUGUACUCCUGCGGUAUGUGCAACAGCAUCCGAUGGUAUCAGAUGUCUUGGUCACUGGAGGCGAUCCCAUGGUCAUGCCAGCGUCUACGUUACGCCACUACCUCGAGCCGCUCUUUGGGCCGGGUAGCCCACCUCACUUGGACACCAUUCGCAUUGGGACAAAGUCGUUGGCUUGGUGGCCGUACCGCUUCGUCCACGACCCAGAUGCCGCGGACAUACUCCGACUCUUCUCCGAGAUCACGGCAUCAGGAAAGCAUCUCACGAUACAGGCACAUUUCAGUCAUCCACGAGAAGUGGAACAUCCAGUUACGCAAGAAGCUAUCCGGCUUAUCCGUAUGACGGGAGCACAAAUACGCUCUCAAGCACCCCUUAUCAAGCACGUCAACGAUCAGCCUAAGACGUGGGCGUCAAUGUGGAAACUACAAUCGAGGCUUGGAGUCAUUCCGUACUACAUGUUUGUCGAACGAGACACAGGUGCACGGGACUUCUUCUCGGUCCCUCUCACACGAGCCCUGGAUAUAUUCAGUUCCGCAUACUCUCAGCUACCGGGCACUGCACGGACUGUUCGGGGUCCUUCCAUGUCGGCGAGCCCCGGCAAAGUCUGCGUUCUGGGCGAGACAACGAUCAACGAUCGGCGCUACUUUGUCCUGAAGUUCUUGCAAAGUCGCAACCCAGAAUGGAGCCAAAAGGUCUUUCUCGCAGAGUUUGAUCCGAAUGCAUCGUGGUUUGAUGAUCUGAAGCCAGCGUUUGGUGCUAAGGAGUUUUUCUUCAAUGAGCAGUAUCAACAGCAAAAGCUGAAUGUUGACGGAGGGUCGUCAGGUCAACUGUGUGAUGUCGAUUGGCUUGCAGGAAAAGGCGUCACUAGCGAUAGUGGGCAAGUCGAUCUCUCGAUGUGA